CAACCGCAGCCAACUUCACUCACGUCGUUGUCACUGAUUGCAAUUUUAAUAAAAAGGAAAGAAUUUGAUCGCUUUUAAAAGACGUAGAAAGUGUGUGUAUCGUGGGAGAAACCCAAUUUACGAGCUAAAAACGAGGCGUACGUCGCCAUCAUCGCAUUCAAUUGUUUUUAAAAACUAACUUUUUAACAGUCAAUCGAGAAAGCGACACCUUAUAGAAAAAAAUCGGACAAAAUGACGUCGAUGGAACAAAAUCGUUUACAAAACUUCAAAAACAAAGGGAAAGACCAGGAUGAAAUGCGACGUCGCAGAAACGAAGUUACCGUUGAGCUGAGGAAGAACAAGCGCGAUGAGACCAUUCUCAAGCGCCGCAAUGUUCCCAAUCUGGACUCGAACACAGAUGAGGAGGAGCAGUUGUCCUCGUCCAUUGACCUGAAGAAGCUGGCAAAGGCAGCCGCAGACGCCACCAAGCCGGAGCAGCAACUUGCCGCCGUUCAGGCUGCACGCAAGCUGCUAUCGUCGGACAAGAAUCCACCCAUCAACGAUCUGAUCCAAAGCGACAUUUUGCCCAUCUUGGUGGAGUGCCUCAAACAACACAAUCACACAAUGCUCCAAUUCGAGGCCGCCUGGGCCCUGACCAACAUUGCCUCUGGCACAUCGGCCCAGACCAAUGAGGUUGUUGCCGCCGGUGCCGUGCCGCUCUUCCUUCAACUUCUCAACUCGCCCGCUCCCAAUGUUUGCGAACAAGCCGUGUGGGCCCUGGGCAACAUCAUAGGCGAUGGUCCUUUGCUCCGCGAUUUUGUCAUUAAGCACGGAGUCGUGCAGCCACUUUUGUCGUUCAUCAAGCCAGACAUCCCCAUCACAUUCUUGCGCAAUGUAACAUGGGUGAUUGUGAAUUUGUGCCGCAACAAGGAACCGGCUCCCCCGGCAGCCACCAUUCAUGAGAUCCUGCCCGCACUCAAUGUGCUAAUCCAUCACACCGACACGAACAUCCUGGUGGACACGGUCUGGGCCAUCAGCUAUUUGACUGACGGCGGCAACGAGCAGAUCCAGAUGGUCAUUGAAAGUGGAGUUGUACCCAAGCUGAUACCACUGCUGGGCAACAGCGAUGUCAAGGUUCAGACAGCCGCACUGCGGGCUGUUGGCAAUAUUGUGACUGGAUCGGAUGAGCAGACACAGGUUGUGCUCAACUACGACGCGCUCUCCUACUUCCCGGGCCUGCUCUCGCAUCCCAAGGAGAAGAUCCGAAAGGAGGCGGUUUGGUUCCUUUCGAAUAUAACCGCUGGAAAUCAGUCGCAAGUCCAGGCUGUUAUUAACGUGGGUCUCCUACCCAAAAUUAUCGAGAACCUAAGCAAGGGCGAGUUCCAGACACAGAAGGAGGCUGCCUGGGCCAUCAGCAAUCUGACCAUUAGCGGCAACCGCGAACAGGUUUUCACCUUAAUCAAGGAGGGCGUUAUCCCGCCAUUCUGUGACCUCCUUUCGUGCCAGGAUACGCAAGUUAUAAAUGUGGUUUUGGAUGGUCUGAACAAUAUGUUAAAAGUGGCCGAUUCUCAUGUUGAGGCGGUGGCCAACUGCAUUGAGGAAUGCGAGGGCCUGGCCAAGAUCGAGCGGCUGCAGAGCCACGAAAACGUUGAAAUCUACAAACUAGCUUAUGAGAUAAUCGAUCAAUACUUCACUGAUGAGGGCGAACAGACUAACAUGGCACCGAGCUCCGACGGCGCACAAUACAAUUUCGAUCCGCACGCCGAUAGGCUAACGAUGAACUCAUUCAACUUUUAACGAUUUAAUCAGAAAGCAGCCGCGCAGUAGCAGUAAAAAGAAAACCAAACACGUGCAACACACAUAAUUUGGCGUUUAUCCGUACACAAUUCCUUGUGUAUGAACAAGCCCGACGAGCCGUCAACCAAUUCACAUAAUAAUAGCAUUAUAUUUUGUCCACCACACAGCAGCAAUUAGACAGCCGGGUUCGUUUUAGGGACGAGAAUAGGAACUCUGGAGGAUACACAACGGAUAAUCCGCUGCAGCCGUUUUAGCUUCUCUCAAUUCUGUGUUAUCAAAAUUACAAAAUUCAAACAUACACACACUCCUGGGUGUGUGAAUGUGCAAUGCAAGGACUUCUCCGAUUGGAGCGACUCUGCUAUAGAUCAUCCAAAAUAUAAACACACAGGAAUGAGAAACAGAUUUCAAAAAGAAUGUAGACCUAUUUGAUUUAUAUGAAAUUAUUUAAAUAUUUACGCUUCUGAUUUGUAAUUGAAAUUACAUAUGUAUACAUUUCUAACAUGAAAACGAUAAAAGCAAAA